GGGGGAGGAGGAGAGGAAAGGAAAGGGGUACGGGAACCACAACCAACAAACGUUGAGUGGCGGUAUUUUAUUUUGUUUGAUAGUUACUCCUAUUUCCCAUAUUGUAUUUUUGAUUCUGUGAAGUUCAUCUGAUCACACGGUUCGGACGUCCGUUUUGUAAUUUGAAGCCUCGGCCAUCACGAUGGAGCGACCACAGAAAAUGCCCAAAGUGGCGAAGGUGAAGAAUAAGGCUCCGGCAGAGAUCCAAAUUACUGCUGAGCAGCUCCUGCGAGAAGCCAAGGAACGUGAUCUUGAAAUCCUUCCCCCGCCUCCUAAGCAAAAGAUCUCUGAUCCAGAGGAACUUGCAGAUUACCAACACAGAAAGCGCAGAGCUUUUGAAGAUGGCAUCAGGAAAAAUCGCAGCGUUAUUACCAAUUGGAUCAAAUAUGCCCAAUGGGAGGAAAGUCAAAAAGAGGUUCCCAGAGCCCGGUCUAUUUAUGAGAGAGCAUUGGAUGUUGAUCAUCGCAAUAUUACACUUUGGCUUAAGUACACAGAACUGGAAAUGCGAGCCAGACAAGUCAACCAUGCUCGUAAUUUAUGGGAUCGGGCAGUCACCAUAUUACCAAGAGCCAAUCAAUUUUGGUACAAGUACACCUACAUGGAAGAAAUGUUGGGCAACAUUGCAGGAGCCCGACAGGUAUUUGAUCGUUGGAUGGAGUGGGAACCUGAUGAACAAGCCUGGUUGACAUACAUCAAGUUUGAAAUGAGGUAUAAAGAGAUUGACAGAGCCCGUAAAAUUUAUGAAAAAUUUGUGUAUGUUCAUCCAGAUGUCAAAAAUUGGAUAAAGUUUGCUCGGUUUGAAGAGAAUAAUGGUUUUAUCAGUGGUGCUAGGAAAGUGUAUGAAAGAGCUGUAGAAUUCUUUGGAGAGGAAACCUUAGAUGAAAAGCUAUUUAUUGCUUUUGCUAAAUUUGAGGAAGGUCAAAGAGAGCAUGACAGAGCGAGAGUAAUUUACAAGUAUGCUCUGGAUAAUAUUCCAAAAGAGUAUGCUCAAGAACUGUACAAAAAUUACACCAUUCAUGAGAAAAAGUAUGGUGAUAGAACUGGCAUUGAAGACGUUAUUGUCAGCAAGCGCAAGUUUCAAUAUGAAGAGGAAGUGAAAGCCAAUCCCAACAACUAUGAUGCUUGGUUUGAUUACCUCAGAUUAGUAGAAUCGGAAGGCAAUCCAGACCAAAUCAGAGAAACGUAUGAAAGAGCCAUUGCCAAUGUACCUCCAACAAAAGAAAAGCAAUUUUGGAGAAGGUACAUCUAUUUGUGGAUAAAUUAUGCUCUGUGGGAAGAACUCACUGCAGCAGAUGAAGAAAGGACCAGGCAAGUUUAUAGAGCAUGUAUUCAACUCAUUCCUCAUAAGAUAUUUACAUUCACCAAGGUGUGGCUCCUGUAUGCCCAUUUUGAAAUAAGGUGUAAAAACCUCUCUGCAGCUAGGAAAUCCCUGGGUAUGGCUCUAGGAAUGUGCCCUAAGGAUAAAUUAUUCCGUGGUUAUAUAGACUUGGAGAUUCAACUCAGAGAAUUUGACCGGUGUCGUACAUUAUAUGAGAAAUUUUUGGAGUUUGGCUCUGAAAAUUGUAUUACAUGGAUGAGGUUUGCAGAAUUAGAAAUGCUGUUAGGAGAUAUGGAUCGAGCUCGAGCCAUAUAUGAAUUAGCUGUUUCUCAACCUCGUUUAGACAUGCCUGAGCUUCUCUGGAAGGCAUACAUUGACUUUGAGACUGGACUGGGCGAAUUUGACAAAGCUCGAGGCCUUUAUGAACGUCUUUUGGAGAGAACAUUGCAUGUCAAGGUUUGGAUGAGUUACGCCCAGUUUGAGAUGUCUUGUGCCGAAUCCCAAGAUGACGAAGAAGAAAACUCUGAAGAGGCUGCUGACCGAGCUGCAAUGGCUGUCUCCCUUGCAAGAAGAGUUUAUGAAAGGGCAAACACUUCUCUGCGUAGUGUUACUGACAAGGAAGAGCGAGUGCUUUUGCUUGAAGCGUGGCGCACUUUUGAGGAGACACAUGGAGAUGAGGCCUCAUUAGAGAAAGUCAAACAGCGUAUGCCUCGUCGUAUCAAGAGGAGACAACGUGUUCAAGCAGAGGAUGGGACCGAAGAAGGCUGGGAAGAAUUCUUUGAUUACAUAUUCCCUGAGGAUGAAUCUGCCAAACCCAACCUCAAAUUGCUCGCCAAUGCUAAACUUUGGAAGCAAAAGCUGCAGGAAAUGUCCAACGACUCAGAAGGCUCUCCUAAGGAUGAUGAAAAUGAGGAUGGGCAAGGUGAACAAGGAGACAGUGACACCAGUGUCAGCAGUAGUAGUGAAGAUGAAAGUGAAGAAGAAAAGGAAACAGGAGAUAAGAAGAAGCAAGAGUAACACUUCCUUUCCUUUUUAUUUCCUUUUUUUUUCCCAUGUUUCAAUGUAACACAGCAUACAUCCGUGUUUGGACUUGUAAAUUUUGUAAUGUCUGACUUAUGAACUUUGCAUCAAUUGAUAAACUCUGUAUAUAUUAGAAUUAGUUUCGGGUAAAUAAAAUUAACCCGUUUUACUGUA